AGCCCCGGGCGCCAGGCCUCGGUCGUCCUCCGCCCCUCCCUCGGCGCUGGGCUCGCGGCGGCGUCCGGGGCGUGGCCGUUGGCUCCGGCGCCCCUGUCCCGGGGCGGACCGGGCCCGCCCACCUGUGAGGGAGAUGAUGGGGCUGGGCCGCUCCCCGGGCGCCAGCUCCGGCUCCGCCCGGGCACCCCUCGCCCUGGGCGCCCCGCGCUCCCGGGUCCGAGCCCCCUCUCCGGGGUCGGGGGUCCUGCCGGGCUCCGGACGCGGGGCCUGGGCUGGGGCUGGCCCUUCCCGGAGGGGAACCCGGAGCGGGUUAGGGAGAGAGGGCGAGGCCGGCGGGUGGACCUGGGCUUCCCGUUGGGCAGCCUGCGCCGCUCUUCCUCGCGGCCCGUGUGGGGGGCGUCUCGGAGAAUCACGUGGACAUCACCUGUCGCCCCCCUGAGCUGACAGCGGCCUGCUGCUUCGGGAACGCGGGGCCCUUCGUCGCUCUUAGACGGCCGCACCGACUUGGGGUCUGGACAAGCGAGGAAGUUUCUCCUCCUUUAGGCUCGUUCCGCACUGUGUGGCCGCUUCUCACUGUCCACCUGGACCGUAGAGAACAGGAGGAGUGGGAAACAGCCCCAUGGAGCGCAGGUCUCAGGAGAGUUUUGGCUGGGUCACCUGCGGCCUUUUCUUCCUGUGGGUGUGUUGAUACGGCUGAUGGAAAGCCGAAUAAUACUGAAUUUUAACCAGCAUGACGUCUAAUGCGUCUAAAAUUUUAAAUGUGCUAUUUGCACAGCCUGGUAGUGAAACAUAUUUUACAAGCAUAAUCUACAGAGUGUGCUGCCAAGUGAGACUUUAGUCAUCUUUACAGAUCUAACUAUUUAAUUGGAAAAGGAGGGAAGACAGACACUCCCCCCGGUGCCUGCCAGCCCUGCGGCUGGGCCAGGCCAAAGCCUGCAGCUCAGAACUCAGUCCAGGUCUUCCACCUGCUGUCUGCUAGGUUGCACGUCAGCAGGAAGCUGGAAUCAGGACCUGAGACCAAACCCAGGCUCUCAAAUAUGGGACCCUGGCCUCCCAAGCAGCACCAAGCACCUGCCCCCAGUCACAGAACAUUUUUAAACAAAUUAUCCUUUGGGAAGUUUAUUUUUAUUGGCACACAGUUUUAAAAUGUUUAUUAUAGUCUCUCGUUUCUGUUUUUUGUUUUUCCUGCUUUAGCCAAUGGCUUGUAGAUUUCAUUAUUUAGAAUCAGAUCUUGGCUUUGUCACCUGUUUUUUGUUUGAUUUUUUAAAAAUUCAUUAGUUUCUUCCUUUAUCAUUUUUACCUCUUAGUUGGCUACCUUGUUAAGUGUUUUUCUUUUUUUUAUUUUGAAUGUGUGAUGUUUUACUCUUUCCCAAAAUCCUACUUGAAAGUAUUUAUGAAUAUAAAUUGUCUCCUUAAAACUUUGCCAGUGACCAUGUAUGUUUAAGGUAUAACAUUCUCAUUUCCAGUCUCACUGGCAAUUAAAUUUUAAAGUUUUCUUUUUGACUUAGUAGCUGCUAAGGAGUACCUAUUUUAAGUUCCAGGCUCAAAAAAAAUUUUCUCUGUUCCAAACUUCCAUUUACAUUUAUUCUAUUGCAUCAGGUUUACAGAAUGUACUCUAUUCAAUUUCUUCUUUUUGACUAGAACUUUUUCUUUGUGGUCUGUGGCAAAUCUUAGCAAAUGCUUCCUGAGUGCCUGAAAAUAACUUUUAGAUGUUUGUUUCAUUAUACUCACAUCUGUUUAAGUUCUGUAUCUUUAAAGUUCUUUGCAUUUAUGACAGUCUUGCUUUAUAUAUAUAUAUAUAUGUAAUAUAUAUAUAAAGAAUUAUUUAUUUACUUGAAAGUCAGAGUUACACCUUGAGAGAAGGAGAGGCAGAGAGGGAGUCUUCCAUCUGCUGGUUCACACCCCAGAUGGCCACAACAGCCAGAGCUGUGGGAAUCCAAAGCCAGGAGCCAGGAGCUUCUUCCGGGUCUCCCAUGUGGGUGCAAGGGCCCAAGGACUUGAGCCAUCUCCCACUGCUUUCCCAGGCCACAGCAGAGAGCUGGAUCGGAAGUGGAGCAGCUGGGACUCAAACCAGCCCCCAUAUGGGAUGCCCACAUUGCAAGUGGUGGCUUUACCCGCUACACCACAGCACUGGCGCCUCUGCUUUAUAUAUUUUAAUUCUUGCUUUUCAACAAAGUAAUGGUUAACUACCGCGAGUAUCAUUCAGAUUAGGUUCUGAUUGGCAUAGACUGUAUUAAAUUUAGAUUAAAUUCUGCUUUAUUUAUAGGGCAAGCUAUUGAACCUUGUGGGAAGUAAGGUGAUCAUUCAUGGCAGGUGCAGAUUCAGGUAUGUCUUUGCCGAACUCGACUCUUUCCAGGGAGGGAAAUACAGAAGCAGAGAUCAUGGCUGCUGUGGUUUUUUCCAUUGGACCUCUGGAGUCACUGACUUUUAAAGAUGUGGCUAUAGACUUCACAUUGGAGGAAUGGAGACUGAUGGACCCUACACAGAGGAGCCUGCACAAGGAUGUGAUGCUAGAGAAUUACAGGAAUCUUGUCUCCCUGGGGCUUGCAGUUUCCAAACCAGAUAUGAUAUCUCAUUUGGAGAAUGGAAAAGGACCCUGGGCAGUGGUGAGAGAAAUUUCAAGAGGCCCCUAUCCAGACUUGGAAACUAAACUUGCAACCAGGAAUGCUAUACUAACAGAGGAUACUUCUGAAGAUUUAUCACAGGAGGCCAUAGUAGAGAAACUCACAAAAAAUGGCCUAUGGGAUUCCAGAAUGGGAAGAUUAUGGACAUGGAAUAACAGGAUUUUGAGACUGCAAAAUAGUCAGGAGAAUCACUUGAGUCAAAAGAUUGUUACACACAAGAAAAUGCCCACUGGUCAAAAGAGGCUUUAGAUUUGGAUCUGUUCUUUUUCCAGAACAAAAAGUUGUCACAGAAGAGCUCCACAGAAAAUUCCAACACAAGAGGAAGGUUUCACAAAAAAUUCAGAUUUGAUUACAGAUAUCCACUUGGGGAAGAUAAUUGGCAAGGAUCCAGAAGGCAGCAAAUCCACAAAGCAGACUUCAGAACUCACUCUGAGGGAGAAUCAAAUAAUAAAGAAAAACCCUAUAAAUGUGGCACAUGUGAAAAAGCCUUUCGCUAUAGGUCAUUACUCAUUCAACAUCAGAGAACGCACACUAAAGAAAAACCUUAUGAAUGUAGUGAGUGUGGGAAAACAUUCAGCCAGCCCUCGUAUCUUAGUCAGCAUAAAAAAAUUCACACUGGAGAAAAACCCUAUAA